UUUAGCCAUGAACUCUCUCGUUCGAAACGCCACCGCGAAUUUCAGCCGCAGAGUCGAUGGCUACGAGCUCUUGGAUCGAGGCGAGGAAACAAAGGAAGAAACUUGGGGUCAAUACAGGACGUUUUCAAGGAGGAGAGCUCAGAGCGUGGUGGCUUCUUUGAGUUACAGGCGAGAUCGAGCUAAGAAGAGGCAGAUUUUCUUGAGAUCGUACAAGUUAUCAGCCGUGGGCGGCGACUGGGGAAAGCCCAAGACGAAGCCGACGAGGAAACUGAAGACGAUGGGGAUUAAGGUUAAGACGGCGGUGAUGUCGCUGGUGUCGUUUAUGAGGAUCGGCUCGUUGAAGUCCUGUAAUUGCCGAUCGGCGAUUUCUGCGGCUGUUCCGAUAUCGUUUAAGAGUUGUUGUUGAAUGUUGAAUAUGGUUUUGAGGAAGGUGGGCUGUAUAAGCUUUACUUUUUCCUCUGGUUAGUAUUAUAUGAGCU